GAAGCAGAAGAAACACCUGGAGGUGGAGGUACAGCCGGAGAGUUAUGGUUUCUCUCUGGAGGUUUGAUUAGUGGGAACCAGUGGAGCAGGCAGGCAGACAGAACAAAAACACAAUAAAAGUAGCAAAAAAGUCAUAAAUCCAAAACUAAGAUAUGCAAAAUCAAGACAAAGGGGGAAGACUGGAUGAAGGAGGGGACUCAAAUGAAAAACAAAAAGCAGAAGAUGUCAGUGAUGAACAGAAGCAGAGCAAAGACAAGCUCAACAAGCUGGAGAGGGAGAGUGGAGAGAAGGAGCCGAGAAGCGUGGCCAGGAAGGAGAACCGUCGCCCCUGUCACUGGAAGAGUGGCUGGGCUCUGACUGAACGCCUGGCCAUCAAUGUGUCAGGGAUGCGUUACGAGACCCAGCUCCGAACCCUCGCUCAGUUCCCCGACUCCCUGCUCGGCGACCCCCGUCGACGCCUCCGCUACUUUGACCCCCUGCGUAAUGAACUCUUCCUGGACAGAAACCGCAUCUGCUUUGAUGCCAUUCUCUACUUCUACCAGUCAGGUGGGAGGUUGCGGAGGCCUGCCAACAUCCCCCUCGACAUGUUCCUGGAGGAGCUGCACUUUUAUGAGCUCGGGGAGGAGAUCAUCGACCGCUUCAAAGAAGACGAGGGUUUUCCCAAAGAGGAGGAGAGACCUUUGCCCCCCAAAAAAUGGCAGCAGCAAAUCUGGAUGCUGUUUGAGUAUCCAGAGUCCUCUAGCGGAGCCAGGAUCAUUGCCAUCAUCAGCGUCAUGGUCAUCAUCCUCUCCAUCCUCAUCUUCUGCCUGGAGACUCUGCCUGAGUUCAGAAAUGAGAAGGAGCGGAGGGAGCAAUUCACCACCACACCUCACCCCACCAUCCCCAACGAAACCAUCUCUGUCCCACCCACAUUCACUCCCUUUCAGGAUCCUUUCUUCAUUGUAGAGACUAUUUGCAUCUGCUGGUUCUCCUUUGAACUCGUCAUGCGCUUCAUCAGUGCUCCGAACAAGAUGCACUUCUUCAAAGACAUCAUGAACAUCAUCGACUUCUUGGCCAUUAUGCCUUAUUUCGUCACGCUGGGCACAGAGCUCGCAAAGGACAAAGGCACGCAGCCCUCCGUGUCCCUAGCCCUGAUCAGGGUCAUCAGGUUGGUGAGAGUCUUCAGGAUCUUCAAGCUUUCUCGUCACUCCAAAGGUCUCCAGAUCCUGGGCCAAACGCUGAAGGCCAGCCUGCGAGAGCUCGCCCUGCUUAUCUUCUUCCUCUUCAUUGGGGUUAUACUCUUUUCUAGUGCUGUAUACUUUGCUGAGGUGGACAGUCCUGGCACACUCUUCACCAGCAUACCUGAGGCUUUCUGGUGGGCAGUGGUGUCCAUGACGACUGUCGGUUAUGGGGACAUGUGUCCUGGGACAGUUGGAGGGAAAUUGGUGGGCUCCAUGUGUGCCAUUGCCGGUGUGCUCACUAUCUCUUUGCCGGUGCCCGUCAUCGUGUCAAACUUCAGCUACUUCUACCACCGAGAGAUGGAGUGUGAGGACACCAGGGAAUACCACCAUGUCUCCACAUCCCUGUGGGAAAAGGACAAAGAGGAUGAUGAAGGGGAUGAUGAGGAGGAUGGAAUGGAUGAGGAUCCUGACCAUAUGGAGGAUUACGCACCACUUUACGAGCAGAACAGGCUCACAUGCCCUCAGUUCAAUGGGGCUCUUCUGUCAGGGCUAUGUGCAGGACAGGUACCGGGCGAUCAGAGAGGGAUACAGUUUAAUCUAAAAGAACCUUUGGUCACUCAGGUCUGAUGGACAGGAAACUGAUUUACACUCAAACACUGUCACACAUCAGGAAAGAAGAUGCUGCUGAGAUGGGUCAGAAGAAAACACCACCAUGACUUGCACUGACAUAAACCACAAAAUUAACAGAAAUUUUUAUGU